UUAAUUUGUAAGCUUUCCACCAAACCCUCAAACGUCACCCACCGCACGGUGAUACUACACACACUUUAGUCACACAUCCUUUCAACCUCGAGAAUGACGUCACCCUCCGCCGUUCCUCCGAUUGCCGCGGCGGCCGGAGAUCAACCUGCAACCGCAUCGGACUCUGAGGAAUACGAGUAUGAGGAGAUCGAAGUAGAGGAGGAGGUUGAAGUUGAAGAAUUCGUCACUGACGACGAUAACGAGGACAAACUAGCAUCCAAGGAUGAGAAAUCUCCUCAAUGUGGUGAUGGGAUCAUGACUGUCGAGACUGCAAACCCUAUAAACGAAUGCAGCAAACAAGUGCCUGCGACUGACAAAGUUCUACAUUCCGAGGAACAAACUGCACAACAACAAAAGGAAUCCAAGUGCACCGACUUUUCAAUGAAAACUUGCAGACACGAUCAAUCUGUAGUUCCUGCAGGGAAACCUACAUUGAUAUCUAAUGAUGAGAAAUCUUCUCAAUAUGAUGGUGGAAUCGUGACUGCGGAGACCGCAAAUCCUAUAAAUGAAUGCAGUAAACAAGUGACUGCAUCUGACAAAGUGGACAAAGUUCCACUUUCCGAGGAACACACUACACAGGUGAAGACAGAGGAUUUCGAGGAUGUACAACAAACGGAAUCCAGAUUGGAUGUUGAUGUCACCCUGAUAAGACCUAGAAGUUUGUCACCUGCAAUGGAAAUUAAUAAAGGAAACAAACGGCUAGCUAUUGGAUGUAAGUUCUUUGCAUUAGGUUGGUGCAUUAACGGAUCUUCUUGUAGGUUUCUUCAUGUGAAAGACGGUACAGAUGCUGGUGCCAUACAAAACAAGACUCAGAAAAGUGUUGAAGGUGUAAGCGAUGGCACACAAUCUUAUAUGUCCAUUGAUGUGGAUAAAGUUAAUCCUCCUGUUAAAAUGACUGGUUCAUCUAAUGAUGUGGAUAAAGUUAAUCCUCCUGCUAAAGCAGAUAGUUCUCAACAUGGACCUUUAAGUAAUCCAUCAAAGGAUUUGCCAAAAAAAGAAGAAUUUGGUGGUAAAGAAUACCGUUUUGCGCUUAAUAAUCAUGUUUACAUCCCAAGUUAUAAUAGUUCGGUUCUACCCAGAACUACAAGUAAGUUAAGUUCGUCACCUUGGAAGUCCGAUUCAAAAUUUUCCAGUUACGAUUGGGAGGCAUCAAAGCCUUUUAGGUCAGCAUUUCUUAUUUCUAAAGGAAUAUCUUCUCCAGAUAUCCAGUUUGAUCCAAUUGUUACUAGUACCGACCCACCGCCAAAAAAUGGUGAUAAGUUAUCCAAAUUAUCACCUUCUGUUAAAGAGAAAUUAAAAACAGAAAAUGGUUCUAUUGGCAGUCAUGUAAAUGGCAAUAAUGGUAUUAAUGUGGACAGUAAUGAAGCUGCUGGUGCUAAAACUAAACAGGAAACUAAAAACAGUGAAAGUAAGGGAAAAGACCACCCCGGGGAUGUAGUACAAGCAAGUAAAGUACAUUUUAGUAGUCACGAUUCUCUUGGCGGGCCUACAAAAGAAGUUAAUAAUCAUAAACUAGUAUUUGAUGUGGGAGGGGACAUGCAUAGAGAAUCUAAACCUGUGAGACAUUUCCGUGCUGCUUUGGUUGAGUUUGUGAAAGAGUUAGUGAAGCCAACAUGGCGUGAUGGUAAAUUGAGCAAAGACGCCCACAAACUGAUUGUUAAAAAGGCUGUUGAUAAGGUCCUUACCACCUUACCACCGGAGCAUAUUCCGAGUGUCAAAGAAUCUAUUGACAUGUAUCUUACCUCAUCCCAGACAAAACUGAUGAACCUUGUAGAGGCAUAUAUUGCGAAGUAUGGAAAAAUAUGACAUCUUUUCUUGUAAGUGGAGAGCACUCCUCGUUAAAUGAUAUUAGCAAGUCAUAGCACAAGCCACAAACGACAUAUGUUGCAUUAUCUUCCAUGCUGCAUUGAGUAGUUUUACCUUCUGCUUUCUUUAUGGUUAGCAAAAAUUGGGGAUUAUUUGCAAUAAUGAAACUCAUAGAUGAUGGAGAUGCUGGAAUUUAGUUGGCAUAGUUUUGAUGAUAUGGUGGCAGAAGUAGACCAGGCCGGGCCUGGGAGGGGCCCUGGGCUUGGGUUACUGUUCCUGAAUGCAUACAAGGCCAACAAAGAGGAGAGAAUCAGAUGAGUUUGUAUGUGCUGCUGUUUAUCAUCAUUAAGGUAUGUGAGUAACCUACAAUCAAUUUAAGAUUAUGUCACUGAUAGCAAUUUUGACUAGGGGUGUUCAGCAUUCGUUUCGAAUUCGAAAAAUUUGAACUUCGAUUAAAUUCGAUUCGAUUAUCAGGAAUUCAUUUCGAUUAUAAGAAUUCGAAUUCGAUUCAAUUCGAGUCAAGUCAAUCGAAUACGAAUUUAUAAUACAUAUAUAACUUUUAUUGGGCUAUACUAUAAAUUAUUUUCAAAAUUUAUUACAAGUACUAAAAUUACCCAUUACCAAACCCACUACAUGGCCCAUAACUAAAACCUAAGUAGCAAAUCUAUUAGUAUAUUUCUAACCCUAAAAAAAUUAACUUGUAGUGGUUAUUCCCGAAUUCUCGUUUUGAAUGUUAUUAUGGUACUUUAUUUGGAAUGUUUUAUGGCUGCUUUAAAACUUAUGUUUCAUUUUAAUAGUUAUUUACAUGUUUUAAAAGAAACGAAUCAAUUCGAUUCGAAUUUGAAUUUUUAAUCGAAUACGAAUUGGGUUUUUUUAUUCGAAUCGAAUUGGGUAGGUUUUAAUCGAAUACGAAUCGAAUUCGAAUUCAAGGAAAAAUAAAAAUAAUUCGAUUCGAUGAACACCCCUAAUUUCGACCCUAUUUACCUAUGAAUAGGUUGACUCAUUUUUUAUUUCUAGCGGGUAAAAUGGGUAAAAUCAAAAUAACGGGGGGGGGGGGGGGGGGGGGGAUGUUGAACGGGUCCAAGCAGGUACAAAGUGGCGUGAACUAGAGAGAAACCAUUGUGGUUAUCUUGGAGUGCAAAUGCUCUAAAAAGGUCAGACAAUCAUCCUAUACAAAUGAUUUGUUUGGUGUUUCAGUUACCUUUUACCAACUGGGCCUUUUGGCCAAAUGACGAAAAUGAAUACUCUUUACUGUAAUGAUGUGUGAUUAUGUAAAUGCUCAUGAAGGACAGACUGUCCAGAAAAAUCACUAUUUUUUGGAUAAGUAUGACCAGCGAGUAAAAGCUGACUGAAAUCCCGGUGAUAAAAAAAAUAUGGCAGGUGUAUUGUUGCGGUGGCAUAUAUCUUUACUUGAUAGUACUGAGAAUCAAACACGGCUAGAAAAUAAUAAAUUUUGGAAUGUCAUUACUAACCCGUUAAAUAAAAGGGUCAUGUUUGGGUUGGGCGGUUUCACCCGUUUGGCUAAACAGGUUGACCCGCUAUCCCUUUUGGCACAUUAUUACACAACACUCCUAACCCAUUUGACUCGGUCAUGUUUGGGAAUUCAGGUUACACGAUUUUAAGUGUGUCCCAACUUAUAGGGUUGAUGUCUUUAAACUUUAAAGCGAAUAAAUAUAUGGGUCGUGUUGGGGUUCAGUAUUACAACCCACCAACCCGACAUGAGUGACACCUGGGCUGAAUUGUAAGCUGUCUGGUGUUAGUGUCGGUAUGGUGUCUCUUUCAUGACAUCCUAUGAAAACAGCUGCUCCAGGUACAUGGGUCACUUUGGAUCAGAUUUAGAAGCCUCUAAUGUCCGGCUGUCCCAUUGGAUUAGACGUGUGGUUGGCGAUGGCAAGUCAAUCUGGUUUUGGAUUGAUACAUGGGCUGCAAGUUUUCCACUAAAAGACAUGUUUCCUUCACUGUUUAAAUCGGAAGCUGUCAAAGAUCGUGUCAUGCACGAGUGUUAUUCCAUUCAAAAUGAGUACCCCCUACACGAGUGUUAUUCCAUUCAAAAUGAGUACCCCCUGGCCCAUGAGAAGCUCCGCCAUUGAGCGUGAGUGGGAGAACUGGUGUUGACGGGUAACUGGUUUCUAUACACAACUAUCUGCGAUGCAACGCUAGGGAUCUACUCUGUUCUUCAAUAAAUUUUAUGUUAAGUGAGCCUUUUACCCUUUUACAAUAUGAACUGUUUAGGAUCCAGUAUCUCCAAAGAGUCUUUUCUUAGUUUUAGGUCAAGAAAAGAGGGUCAUUAUUUGGGCCACUUACCUUAAUCGCUAAUGUGCGGGCCUGUGUCAAUUGCUAUUACCUAGAGGUGAAUAUUGGAACUGGUUUUGAUCUCGUAUCAUCCGGCAAGUAUACAAGAGUGUGAAGAGACUGAUUUGAACGAGUUUUUAAAGCUUUCAAGCUCGGUUUCGGGUUUUGGCUAAAAGGGGUUAAAAAUUAAGAUACACGUAAAAGGUAGCAUGUUAUUGAUGUUUGAAGCUUGUAACGACUUAUGGGAUGAUUCUAACGCAUCUCCAAUAAAAAAAAAGUUAGGAUCUUGAGGUUAAGCAAGUUUGGGUCUGAAGAAUAUCUGCCACUAACGAGACUUAGGGUUUUCUUAGCUAACCAAGUGUUCACGGGUCGGAUAGUACGUGUUGAUCUGUAAAGGAGCCAACUCUCGGUUGAGUUCUAGAUGCCCUCUUUUUUUUAAGAU